AUGACGACGACCGCAGCAGCGCAGCGAUCAGAGCGCAGGCGGAUCGCUUGCAUACAAUUCGACUCCAAACAUGCUGAUGUCGCCGGGAACAUCGAAACGGUCCUCUCUCUCGUUAACGAGCUCAUCCCCAAAAACGACUCGGAAUCAAUCGACCUUGUCGUGCUGCCGGAACUAGCGCUCACCGGCUAUGUCUUCAAGGACAGAGACGAGAUCGAUCCGCAUCUCGAGGAUCCCUGCAAUUUUGUUCCGCCGGCAAUUCCAUCUCCGGCUCAGUCCGCAUCGACCUUCGAUGCUGUAUGCAAGGCUUCAUCAGCGUCCUCGCAACAGCCAAGCCUGAUGCUGGCCGCUCAUCUUGCCCAGCGGCUCCGCUGUCACGUUGUUAUCGGCUUCCCCGAGCUCGGCUCCCGUCAGCUUUCUCGAGAUUUUGCAGGAGUGACUACGGGACCAAUUGACCCACCCUUUGAUGCCAGGCCAGAAGACGUUCAAAGCUCAGAGGCCAGGAUCGAAUCGGGUGCGGACAGCGAUGGCCAGGACUGCGCCUUCAACUCAGCCGCCCUUCUGACUCCCGACGGCUCAAUCAAACACAUCUUUCGAAAGCAUUUCCUUUUCGAAACAGAUGAGGUGUGGGCAUCUGAAGGAAGUGGGUUCGAGGCUAUCAACUUGCCGGGGCUCGGCAACGUCUGCGUCGCCAUCUGCAUGGACCUGAAUCCAUUCAGGUUUCGCACGGCCUUCGAGAGUUGCGAGCUCGCGUCAUUUUGCGUCGAGAAGGAAAUCGAUCUGCUGAUCAUGCCGAUGGCCUGGCUGCUACCCAACGACGAGAAAGACAAGCUUUCCGAGCACGAUUCUUCGAAGCCUGCCCCAAGUCUUUCCACGAUCAAUUACUGGGCCAUGCGUUGCCUGCCCUUUUUCGACCCCGAGCACCCUGCUGCUCGUUCUUCUGCGAGCUCAAUACAGCAAAGAAGAGUCGUCUACCUGGUUGCGAACAAUAGAACUGGCACAGAGUCGGACUCCACCUUCGCUGGUUCGUCGUGCGUGCUCGAAAUGAAGUCCCGGCAGCGUCCGCUUUUGAUCGAUAGCCUCGGUGCAAGCGAGCAGGCUUGCCUUGCAGCCACUCUGCCCGCCCUGGAAACGGUCUAG